CUUUAGCAAUCGUGUGGUUCUGGGAUGUGGAGGAAGUUGGAGAAGAAGAGUUGGAUGACUUACCCUUGGCAGAAGUUGGAGUUCCUGUUCUUCCCUCCUUUGCUCCUGUCUCUGCUGCCAGUUCGUCACUGGCUGCUUCUGCCACGGGUUUUUCUGAUGACUGCGACAUGGCAGCGUUAGAAGAAGUAGAAGGAGAUGUGACAGAACUGGAACUGAAACUUGACAAGCUGGUGAAGCUUUGUAUUGCAAUGAUUGAUACUGGGAAAGCAUUUUGUGCAGCUAACAAGCAGUUCAUGAAUGGGAUUCGAGACCUUGCACAAUACUCCUCUAAAGAUACUUUGGUUGAGACCAGUUUGACAAAGUUCUCUGACACCUUACAGGAAAUCACCAAUUACCACAAUAUCCUGUUUGACCAAGCCCAAAGAUCAAUUAAAGCACAACUUCAGACUUUUGUUAAAGAAGAUAUUAGGAAAUUUAAAGAUGCGAAGAAACAGUUUGAAAAAGUGAGUGAGGAGAAGGAGAAUGCUCUAGUGAAAAAUGCCCAAGUUCAGAGAAAUAAGCAACACGAAGUAGAGGAAGCAACAAAUAUUUUGACUGCAGCGCGGAAAUGUUUUCGACACAUAGCUCUGGAUUAUGUUCUUCAG